UUUUGACGUUAACCAUGCGGGAAAAUUUGUGCCGUGUUUUAAGUGUGUGAUAAAUUCCACAAAACUGAAACUCCGGUCUAAUUCACUUAUAACAGUUUUACUAGAGAUUCUGUACGUAUUUCACGUUUAAUAUACCGUUUUUCGAGACUACUAUUCGUAUUUAUGUCCAACACGUGACGAGGUUAGGUCACAAUGUGUGAAGUCAAAUUACCGAAAAACGGCUGUACUACGGUCGCAGUUCGUUACCGUUUUGUAUUCGAAACCACCGGAAAUGAAAAACAAUUAAAAUUCGUUCCUCACAAAGUUAGAAAACUUAAAGUUGAAGUUCCAAAGGCGGAGACCCCUGAAGAGCUCAAACCUGAAACUGUUAUUUAUGAAGACGACGUGGAAUACUUGAGAAGCUUAGAUCCUAAGGAAUGGAAGAGUCAAGACCAUUACAAAGUCCUUGGAAUUCCCACAUUGAGGUACAGAGCAUCUGAGGAAAUUAUUAAAACAGCUUAUCGCAAAAAAGUAUUGAAACACCAUCCUGAUAAGCGGAAAGCUCUAGGAGAAGAAGUAAAGGCCGACGAUGAUUAUUUUACUUGCAUAACAAUGGCGUAUGAGACUCUAGGAAAUCCAAUUAAAAGAAGGUCUUACGAUUCAGUUGAUCCUGAGUUUGAUAACAAUGUUCCAAGUGGGGCUGAUUUAAAGAAAGAUUUUUAUGACACUUUUAGUUACUAUUUUGAUUUAAAUUCGCGUUGGUCUGAAAAACCCCACGUUCCUAAGUUGGGGGGUCCUGAUUCAAGUAGAGAAGAAGUGGAGAAGUUCUAUUCAUUUUGGUACGAUUUCAAAUCCUGGCGGGAAUACUCUUAUGAAGAUGAAGAAGAUAAGGAAAAAUGUCAAGAUCGUGACGAGCGAAGAUAUGUCGAUAAAUUGAACAAAGCCGAACGUCUUAGGAAGAAAAAAGAAGAAAUGUCACGAAUUCGCUCUUUAGUCGAUGUAGCCUACAACAAUGACCCUAGAAUUGCGAAAAUUAAACAAGAGGAAAAAGAUAGGAAGUUGGCAGCGAAAAGAGCGAAACAAACUGCCGCACAAGCGAAGAAAGAAGAAGAAGAAAGAAUUCUUAGAGAAGCUCAGCUACUGAAGGAACAAGCAGAAGCAGCAGAACGUGCAAGAAUCGAAGCUAAACGUCAAGAAAGGGAAGCACAGAAAAGGGCACUGAAGAAAGAGAGGAAAGCACUUAGGGAUUUGUGCAAAGCUAAUAAUUAUUACGCUGAAAAUACCGAAGAAAAUUUAACAAAUAUGACAGGAGUUGAGACAAUCUGUGAGAUGUUUUCGUUGGCGGAACUGGAAGAUUUGAACAAGAAUUUGAAUAGUAAAGGAAAAUCGGCAUUUGUCGAAGCUUUAAAGGAAAUGAACGAUCGGAUUGAAAAAGAAAAACAGGAAGUAAUUGAAGCCGCAAGACAGAAAAACGCCGAUAAUAAUAAAGAAGUUAUCAUGAAGGUUGUUCCCGAAUGGAAUCAGGAAAAUAUCCAACUGUUAGUGAAAGCUGUUAACCUUUUCCCUGCUGGUACCAACCAAAGGUGGGACGUCGUUGCAAAUUUUAUUAAUCAACACGGCAGUUUCAAUUCAAGUGCGAGAUUCAAUGCUAAGAUGGUCUUGGCGAAAGCGAAGGAUUUACAAAAUACCGACUUUUCCAAAAACAAUUUGAAAGAAGUUGCGAAUAAACAAGCCUUCGAUAAUUUCAAGAAAGACAAGCGAAAUGUUUUGAACGUUGAUGAGUCCGGUAUUUCGAAAAAAUUAGAUGAAGUUACUCUGAAUGGAGAUAGCAAGAAAGUUGCAAACGGUGACGUGAAGGCGAAGCAAGAUUCGGCAUGGACCACUACAGAGCAACAACUUUUAGAGCAAGCUUUGAAAACUUAUCCUGCUUCAACUCCGGAACGGUGGGAUAGAAUCGCCGAGUGUAUUCCGAACAGGAGUAAGAAGGAAUGUAUGAAGAGAUAUAAGGAACUUGUGGAGACUGUUAAGGCGAAGAAAGCGGCACAAGCGGCUGUUGUCAGCAAAUAACGUCGAAAUUUAUGUAGUUUGCAAUUAUACUUAUUUAUUUGUCCAAACAGGUGAUCCAACAAAGCAAAUUGUUUUGUAUUUAAUUAUGUAAUAAAGUAAUUAGACCGUUAUUGAUUGUAAUUGUAAUAAAGAUAUCUCUUCAAUUGA